GUUUCUUGGUUUGGGGAGCGGGAACGAUGGUGAUGGAGGCGGCGGAGGCGGCAGAGGCGAUGGAGGCGAUGGAGGCGGCGGAGGUCGUGGCGAGAUAUGUCCUCUAUGCCUCCGGCACAGGUAGGGCUGCGUGGAGAACCACGGCAAGUUGCUGAGGCAUUUCGUUCACAAGGAGGAUUAUGAAAGAAGGCGCCCGAUGAAGCGUGACCCGGAUCACGAAGCACAGAUUUACAUCGUCACUUUCUUGGUCCUUAGCCUCUCGACCUCUGGCGUGGAGAUUAUCAAGUGUUGCAGUGGGUCUAACCAAGCGUGCGCCUUUCUAGCAUUUUCGUUUCGACAAACAGUGGCGAUUAUUUUCGGUGGUGGUGGCGGGGUGGACUAUGAAACAGGAGAACACACUUCUUAUGGGCGACUGGUAUCCUUUUAUCGCGCAUUCAGGUCCUGUUUGGAGGAGCCAUUUCCUCUCACGGUUGGGAUGCUGAGAAAAUGGCAUCGAGAUUUGGUUCCAGCCGGGGGGAACUUUCGUACCACAGACGUUUAUGUCGGCUCCAGGGACUCCUGGCGUCCGUGUUUUCAACUUGAGGAGAGACUGGCUGUUGUAGUCGACGAGCUCGAAAGAAGCAUCCAUGCUGCUGGUGGACGAGAGAGCUUAAUCAUCACAGCUGCUGGACGAUUCUUCUACGAUUUCGAGAUGAUACACCCGUUUGCAGAUGCAAAUGGUAGAGUCGGGCAGCUAUGUUUGUUUUUUACGCUCCGCCAGGUAAUGCAGUUGCCAACGUUUCUAUGGACAUCAGUGGAUGGCAAUUCCUUGGACCGAGAAGGCUUGAAUGCCUGCCUCGAAGGACCUGAUGCCUCGGUGUUGAUCGCAGCCAUUCAGGCUGGGAUUGAGUAUGGAAGACACAGGGGGCUGGACAAGAUGCCAUUGCGCUUAAACGACGAAGAAACAGCAAUGUACAACAGGAUGCUGCAGUAUGGUCACGCUUACGCCAAGGCGAUUCGAAUUUUCGACGUCCUCGAUCCUUACUUGUGCUUGAGGCGUUCCCAGCUUUGGUCAUUCAACCAGGCGAUACUAGGUGGUUUCAGAAGCAACGGGCUCAUUCACGGGGACUCUCUUCUCUCUGGGCUCAACAUAGUUAUGGACACACACGCUCUCAGUGUUUCUACGUUCGUAACUGCUAUUUCAGAGGCAUUCGUUUCUGGACGAGCUCAGCCGCUAUUUGAAGAAGCCAACGUGGACACGCUUCUGCUGAUGCUAGAUUUCCUCGUGCGGCGUGUGGUUCCUACAGAUGCUUCAAUAACCACUCACGUAUCACUUGAAGACUUCUUGACUGAGAACACCAUCCGCGAUAUCCUUCUCGAAUUCGUGGCACACGCUUGGCGUCUUUGGAAGCAGAACUGGAGUCCCGAGAAGCCAGUGGCAGCAGCAGGAGCUCAAUUCAAGUUGGACUUCGACGGUCUGGAGGCGCCGCCUUUCUCAUGUAUAUAUCUUUCCGGUGAGCGUGCAUGCACUAUUGACCUUCGUUACUUCUCGGUUGAUAGCAUCAGUUUUGACGGGAACGCAUGGUGCCCUUUUUACUGCGUUCGAUGUGAUUGAUGUACAAAAGCUACUUUGGACAUUGUCGAAGUGACACGCAAUAAAAAUGUCCAUUAUCGAUC